AACACCACUUAACAAGUGCAUGAAGUUGGCAUUCCUGAGGGGGACAGGCAAUCGGACAGACACGAUGGCAAACCAAGACGUGGAUGAAUUAUUUGAAGUGAAAAACUCCUUCUACAUCGGGAACUACCAACACUGUAUAAAUGAGGCCCAGAAGUUACAGCCCAGCACACCAGAAAUACGCCAAGAGCGAGAUAUCUUCUUGUACCGUGCAUUGAUUGGUCAACGCAAAUAUGGUGUUGUCCUCAGUGAGAUCAAACCCUCAAGUCCAGUACCUCUGCAGGCCCUUAGACUCCUAGCACGCUACCUCCAGUCUCCUGAUGGAAGACCGACAGUGGUGAAUGAGUUAGAGGCACAGCUGAGCGGAAAUGUUGAUCUGUCCAACACUGCCCUGCUGGUGGUGGCAGCGACCAUCUACUGUCAUGAGGAAAAUUAUGAGGGGGCACUCAGAGUCCUCAACCAAUCAGAUGCCCUGGAGUGCCGUGCUCUGAUGGUACAAACCUACCUAAAGAUGGAACGACCAGAUGCUGCCCGAAAAGAACUGAAAACUCUACAAGAAAAGGAUGAUGAUGCAACACUUACUCAAUUGGCUCAGGCCUGGACACACAUUGCCACGGGUGGAGAGAAGCUGCAGGAUGCUUACUACAUAUUCCAAGAACUGAUGGACAAGAACGCCAGUACUCCUGUCCUCCUGAAUGGUCAAGCAGUGUGUUUUUUGGGUCAGGCUAAAUAUGAAGAAGCAGAAGGAGCACUUCAAGAAGCUCUUGAUAAGGAUCCAAAUAACCCAGACACACUGAUCAACUUGAUGGUUCUUGCUCACCACACAUCUAAGCCACCUGAGGUUGCCAGCAGAUACCUUGCCCAGUUGAGGGAUGACCACAAGACUCAUAAGUUUGUUGAAGACAUCAAGAUCAAAGAAGAAGAAUUCAAUCGCUUGGUGAAGCAAUAUGCUGCUUAGUUUUGUGAAAUUACCUAAUUUUAUUAAAGAUUUGUUAUGUUACAUCAGUAGAUAUAUGAUCAAACUUCAGGAUCCUUCAGGCACUUCACAUUUGCAAAUGAGAUCUAGCUACACAGGGACAAAACUAAAUAAAAUUAAGUUUCCAUGAAGGUAUUAGUCAGGUAUGGUUAAAGGUUAUAUUUAUUUUUGUUUAUUGUGGAUUUUAUGUAUGAAACUAUUCCAAGUUUAUUUUGUCUUCAUACAAUAAAAGAUAUACACUUUA